CGGCAGCCAACUGGUGGGGCAGCCAUUUACGCUGUUUCGAGGCCGUAUUGGUACCGGCAACGCCCAGAGAACCGGCAUGGUGCGCAUCACGGAGGUCGACGCCCACGGCCACGAGAUCGAGACCAAGGAGGAGCCCAAGACGCGGCAAUUAGUUAAUCUGUCACCGGCAGAUGCGAAAGCGGUGGCCGACCACGAGCGCGCGGCCGAUUCCUUGAUCGAGAAGGACCGGCUGCACCAGGCGCACGCGCCGUUGUGCGAAGCUAUUUCUAUAAGAGAGCGCGCGCUCGGCUUUAAGCAUCCUGAUUUAUGCAAGCCGCUGUGUAAAGUCGGUGGUGUUUUAAGGGCCACUGGGCGGUUCGACGACGCCGAGAAGGCGUACCGACGGUCCCUUGAAAUACGGGAGAAGCACGACGGCGGGGACGCGUUGGAGGUCGCACGAACUUUGGAAGCUCUGGGCGAGGUGCUGCGCGCGCAGGGCAAUUUGACGAGCGCCGAGGCGUGUCUGCGCGAGGGGCUCGAGAAGUUGGAGAGCUGUCGCGGGCCCAAGGAUCCGGAGGUCGGCGGCUCGCUGGUCAAUCUGGCGUCGCUCUUGGAUCACGUUGGUCGGUCACGAGAAGCUCUAGUGACCAUACAAAGAGCGGUCCUCAUCUUCGAUAACGAGGCCGACGAGCGCUGCCGCAUCGCCGAGGCGUGGGAGCGGCACCUGGAGCGGAAGGUCGCCGAGGAGGCGGAUAGCGACUAAAUGAAUUAAUCAUG